UACAGUCAACACUUUUUUGUUCGCCAUGGAAUUCCAACUCAGUAUCCUCCUCAUCUCCACAACAACUAUCCUCCUCCUCUCCGACACUUAUUCCACCGCAACAAACACCGCAUACCCUUCUUCAUAUGGUGAAGAAUCAUGCUGGCUUUCUGGCGACGCCAACCUCAUCCCAGAACGCAGGGACACUUACGGCAAUGGCCGUAUUAUUGACAUUACUCACCGCAUUAACCCCAAUAUGCCUGCCUUUACAUCUCCACAUGGUGUUGGUCAGUUCAUUUGGCUUUUGAAAAGCAUGAAAAAUGGCUCUAUUGCUAACAAUUCCGAGAUGAAACUCCCUUCUCAUACCGGAACACAUGUUGAUGCUCCUAGCCAUUUCUAUGACGAGUAUUUAGAUGCUGGUUUUGAUAUUGAUUCUCUUGAUCUUGAUGUUCUGAAUGGUCCUGCACUGUUGGUUGAUGUACCCAGGGAUAGUAACAUAACUGCGAACGUGAUGAAAUCAUUACACAUUCCAAAAGGAGUACGCCGUGUGCUUUUCAGAACUUUAAAUACAGACAGGCGCCUCAUGUUCAAGAAGGAAUUUGAUUCUAGCUAUGUUGGUUUCAUGAAGGAUGGUGCUCAAUGGUUGGUCGAUAAUACGGACAUCAAGCUUGUUGGUAUUGACUAUUUAUCUGCUGCUGCAUUUGAUGAUUUGGCGCCUUCUCAUCUUGUUUUCCUCAAAAGCAGGGAAAUUAUACUUGUGGAAGCUCUAAAGCUAGAUAAUGUCCCAGCAGGAAUGUACAAUGUGUAUUGCUUGCCUCCGCGGGUGGUUGGUGCUGAAGGCUCACCUAUUAGAUGCAUUCUCAUGAAAUGAUUAACGUGAAUGGAUUUUGGAAAUGGUUAUUGUAACCGAUUAUUAUGGUGUUAAGAGAUUCAAGAGAAGUUAUGGCUUACUCAUUAAGGGCACGUUAUCUUGUUAUACUUUCUUUGGAUUUUAUUAGUUGCUACAAUUAUUGUAGCAAAUACUAUUCAUCAACUGAUCUUAUUUGGCACAUAUUUAUACAUGUAUAAUGUAAUACAUAGUCAAGUUAGAUUUUAUUGAUUGUCUUGAUGCAUAUUUUCCUAAUAUUAAUAUUUUGUAAUUUUUUAUCAUAUUAAAAUUAAAGAUAUUAAAGAUUAAAAUGAUAAAGCUAAAAACU